AUGGAGGGAGGCGUCCGUGUUCCAGCAGAGCAGCUCAAACUCAGUGCCGUCUCGGAUGAGCGUGUGGACUUCCUGCGUGAGCAGGUCUUCUCCGUCCUGCGCCUGAAGACGGACAAAUGGAACCGCUUCAUCGGAGCUGAGGAGAACCAGAGGGCUCUGCUGGAUUUCCUGGACCAGGCCUGGGGGGACAGGCUUGUCCUGUUUACAGGCCCAGGGGGCACACUGCACCUCGGUGAUGAGCAGGUGGCUAUCAAGAGUCCGUCGUCCUGGCAGACCAAACAGCUGUGCGUGUGGAAGAAGGCCGGCACCAGCAGCAUCUCCGUGAGCUCAUUCCGCACGCAGCUGCGGCUGGGCGAAGUGCCGGCACAGACACUGGACCACGCACCUGUGCUCAUCGGCCAGGUGCUGCUUACGCUCCUGGCUAACCCCCUUAACCAGGCUGGCUGGCCACGUGUCUUGGCCCAAGAUGUGUGCAGGCACCUGGAACAGUUGCGUGCUCAUACCGUCUACCUGCAGGGCGUCACAAACGGCCGCACCCUGCUGCCUCUGCCUCUGAGUCUGGAGAGGAAGAACCACUUACAGCUCAGCUCUGAUCUGUGUCUGAUAGACAGGGCUCUAUUGUACACACUUGAGACCUUGGUGAUCCAGUGGAGUCAGCAGAUGGGCUCUGCCCUGCAGCGAGACUCCUCUCAGCUCCUGCGUCAGGGAGAGUCCCCGGGCCCCGCCGCGGAGCUGCACUUCUGGGCCCAGCAGAGAGACAAUCUGUCGGGCAUCCAGGAACAGCUGCAGAAUCCGAAAGUUGGCCAAGUGCUGGAAAUUCUUCAAAGGGUUAACAGCAGUUACUACUCUUCCUUUCACAAAAUCAUGCAGAAAGUCAACCUGGCGGCAGCUGAGGCAGAGGACAUCGACCUGCACCUGAAGCCUUUGCGGAAGUUCCUGGCGGCGUUCGAGGAGCGGAGUUUUCCUGGCCUGGAGCCACUAUUCCCUGCCCUCUUCCACAGCCUCGCGCUGGUGUGGACACACUCCCGGGCCUACCGUUCCCCCCGACGCAUGGUCACACUCCUCACGGAGUUCUGCAACCUGCUCGUUGAUAAGGCGAUGGGGUACCUAAUCCCAGAGGAGCUUUUGAAGAUGGAGCUGGAGGAGGCCGUGGAGCGGGUGCAGAGGGCCACGCAGGUGUUCCGGGCGUUCAGGCGCUCCUUCUGGCAGUGCAGGGACAGACUGAGCCUCGCCGCAUCAUACACACACCCAGGAUGCCCGCUUCCACCGUGGGACUUCCCCUCCUACCUAGUGUUUCAGCGCAAUGACAAAAUCAUGGAGAGACUGCGCAUGAUUGAGGAGCUGCUGGACUCUGCGCUGGACUUUCUCAAGCUGGAGCGCAUGGAGCUGGGCGGAGCCAGGGGGAGAAUUCUCACUGAGAUGGUGGAGAGCAUGAAGGACGAGUUCCACGACAGCUGGAAAGUCCUCAGGGAAAGCAAAUACGACCCGCUGGACUACACGAAAGAGGAAUUUGUACACGAUUACCGUCGUUUCACAGAACAGAAUAAAGACUUCGACCAGCGUGUGGGAACAGUGUUGAACCUAGCCUUUCAGCACUCUUCAGGUUUAGAGUCAGCCUUUAAGCUCUUGCAGAUCUUUGGUACUCUCCUGGAAAGGCCGAGGGUUCACCAGCUGGUUGCCCCAAACUACUCAUUCCUGCUGGACAUGUUCCAGGAGGAGGUUAGCCUCUGCCAGCAGAUGCUCAACACGCACAGAGAGAAGUUGCGGAAUGGCUGUCCAGUCCUGAGGAGAAACAUGCCAGCCGUGGCUGGGAGCUUGAAAUGGUCUCAAGAGCUCAGAGAGAGACUGCUGACCAACCGGACCAGUCUCAACCAGCUUACACACAUGCCAUUAGACAUUCCCGAGGCGAAGCAGGUAUUGCAAGCAUGUGAGUGUGUUUUGGACAUUCUGGAUCAACUGGAUGAGGAAGUGUAUACUAACUGGUGUGUGGGAUUGGAAGAGUUAUGCCACACCCACAUGAAUGAACCAAUUCUCUCAUUGGACGAUGAGAGUGGACUCUACAGCGUUAACUUCAACUCUGCAUUGACCUCGGUUUUGCGGGAGGUGAAGUAUCUUGGGAUGUUUAAGGACCGUAACAUACCCCAGGCAGCUCUCCACCUGUAUUCUAAACGAGAGACACUGCACAUGUACACCAGCACACUGUCUCAGAUCACUCAGUGGUACAACAAGCUACAUAGCACUAUUCUGGCCGUCGAGCUGCGAUUGGUGGAGGCAGAAAUGGAGGAAAUUAGGCUUAAGCUAAGGCCGGCCCUCCAGGAACUGAGGUGGAACCAGGAAGACCUGUGGGACUACAUCCAAAGUACACGUGACCUUGUGCAUGGUGUGUCAGAGCGCGUGCAGAAGAGCCAAGCCAACCUGGACGCACUAAAGGGGCUGAUGGGAGUUUUCAGCCGCUCCACCUGCAUCUCACGCAGGAUCAGUCGCCGUGGCAACUUGCUUCACAUGGCAGACGUGGAGGACAGCUUAAAACAACAGUACAGCCUCAUCACGCACACGGGAGAGAAGAUCCACGUGCUCGUGCAGGAUAAUGCAGUUCUCCUGGGGGCUGUCGUGGACUCGGAACCCUGGAGGUCCUACACCGAGUAUGUCGACCGCGUGGUGCUGGCUGGCUUCUGCAGUGCCGUGCGCUGCUCUCUACAGUACUUGGUUGAGAACACAGACCCGGCACUGUGUGUCACCCCACUGUUCGAGGUCCAGCUCACGCUCACCUCUGACAUGACCUUUCACCCCUCACUUGACCUCUCCAAGAAAGACAACUUCUGCGACAUUGUGGAUAAGAUGGUGGCUGACAUUUUCAAAAUGGCAUCCUUCAUGAGUAGGGUUGCCAAGCACAAACAGGUGGAAACUUAUCAGGUGGAUAUAGACCAAGUGCCGGAGUUAUCCGAAUUAGCUCAGCUGAUUCGUUGCCGUGCACGCGGGGCCGUUGCUAAGGUCAAAGAGUUCCAGAACUCCUUCAUUUCCUAUCGCUACCUCUGGACCGGAGACAGGGAGGAAUUUAUGCGGCAGUUCCUUCUCUACGGCCACGCCCUCUCCACUGAAGAAGCGGAGCUGUAUGCCGAUUAUGAGCUGGCCAAGAACCCUCCUAAACUACACAACUUUAAAGAUCAAAUCAGUGAGUUCCAGAGCCUGUAUGAGAAGGUGCAGGCAUUGGAUGACACGUGGCUAUUCUGCGACUGGCUUCAGGUGGACAUCAAGCCUUUCAAAAUCUCCCUCAUCACCAUCAUCAAGAGGUGGAGCUGGAUGUUCACAGAACACCUGCUCAACCACGUCAACAGCAGUGUGCAGGACUUGGUGAGUUUCAUUGAGAGCACUGAGCGAGGUUUGCGGGGGGCUGUGCGUGACGGUGAUUACACUGGGCUGGUGACCAUCAUGCGUCACCUGAUGGCAAUUAGAGACAGACAGAACAUCACAGAGAAACAGUUCAAACCGCUCAAAUCUACCAGCGAUCUGCUGAAGACCUACGGACAACAGCUACCAGAACAGGUCUACGCCCUACUGGAGGAGCUACCUGACAAAUGGAAGAAUCUAAGGAAAGUUGCCUUCACCGUAAAACACGAGGUCGCACCCCUGCAGGCCAAUGAAGUUGCAGUGAUUCGCAGGAAGUGUGUCCACUUCGAGAUUAAACAGCACGAGUUUCGAGAGCAGUUCUGUAAGGAGUCUCUCUUCUUCAUCAGCACAGAUAACCCAUACAAACUCAUCGAUAAGACAAACCGUGCAGUGAUUCAGUUGGAGAGUGAAAUGUGUGUGCUGCAGGAAUCCGCAGAUCUGUUUGAGGUCGGUUUCCCCGACUACAAACAGCUCCGGCAGUGCCGCUCUGAUAUCAGGCUAGUCAAAGCAGUCUGGGACAUGGUCAUAUUUGUCAAGUCCAGCAUCUGGGCCUGGACUAAGACACCAUGGAAGGAGAUCAACGUGGAGCAGAUGGAUAUGGAGCUCCGGAGAUUUGCUAAGGAGAUGAAGACUCUCGAUAAGGAGGUCCGUGUGUGGGAUGUCUACACUGGUCUGGAGUCGACUGUUAAGAACAUGCUGACAUCACUCAGGGCUGUGAAUGAAUUGCAGAACUCGGCAGUCAGAGAGAGGCACUGGAGACAGCUGGUGCGCACUACCGGGGUAUUCUUCAUGAUGGAUGAGAACACCACUCUGGGUGAUCUUCUGGAGCUGCAGCUCCACCGUGUGGAGGAAGAAGUGAAGAAUAUUGUGGACAAAGCUGUCAAAGAGUCAGCCAUUGAGAAGGUUCUGGCCGAGAUCAGUCAGACAUGGUCCAUGAUGUCUCUGUCAUAUGAGACCCAUCCCAGUACUGGAAUCCCUCUCCUCAAAGCAGAUGAGAAUCUGAUAGAGACACUAGAGGACAACCAGGUACAGCUGCAGAACAUCCUGAUGAGUAAGCACGUUGAGUACUUCCUUGCGGAGGUGAGCGGCUGGCAGCGGCGCCUCCUGCUGGCUGACCUGGUCAUGGGCGCGUGGCUGACCGUGCAGCGCACCUGGGCUCACCUGCAGGGCAUCUUCACAAACUCGGAGGACAUCCGCAGUCAGCUGGCCCAGGAUGCCGAGCGCUUCGCUCUCAUCCAGCACGACUUCCAGGGGCUGAUGAUGACUGUUGUCCAAAUGGCAAAUGUGAUAGAAGUCACCAACCAGCCAGGUUACCUGGAGAAACUUGAGACCUUGCAGCAAAGGUUGUGUGUGUGUGAGAAGGCUCUGGCUGAGUAUCUGGAAACAAAGCGCCUGACGUUUCCGCGCUUCUAUUUUGUUUCUGGUGCUGAUCUGCUGGAGAUUGUUUCCAAGGGAAUGCAGCCCAGACAGGUUACGCGACACCUGCUGAAACUCUUUGAUAAUCUGGCUGAUCUGAGGUUCAGAUGUGAGGAAGAAGAGGAGGGAAGGUUUGAGGUUGCCGUGGGGAUGUUACAGCAGAGAGCGCGAGUAUGUGCAUUCUCUGAGCCCUGUGUGUGUGAGGGACAGGCUGAGAGUUGGCUGGGGAGAUUGGAGCUGGCCAUGACCUCCACAGUAAGAAAGGAGAUCUCUGAGGCAGUGGCAGCCUAUGAGGACAAACCCCGGGACCAGUGGCUCUUUGACUAUCCUGCACAGGUGGCACUGACAGGUAGUCAGAUCUGGUGGGCCACAGAUGUUGGUAUUGCCUUCCAGCGUGUGGAAGAAGGCUUUGAAACAGCCCUUAAAGACUACAAUAAAAAACAGAUCAGCCAGCUGAACUCUCUGAUUAACAUGCUCCUGGGGGAGCUGAGCCCUGGCGAGCGGCACAAAAUCAUGACCCUCUGUACCAUCGACGUUCACGCGCGCGACGUGGUGGCCAAACUCAUCGCGCAGAAGGUAAACGCCCUCUCAUUCGCGUGGUUGUCCCAGUUACGGCAUCGCUACGAGCAGAUGGAGCACUGCUACGUUAACAUCUGCGACGCGCAGUUUCAGUUUUUAUACGAGUACCUGGGAAACACCAACCGGCUGGUUAUAACACCACUCACUGAUCGAUGUUACAUCACCCUGACUCAAUCCCUCCAUCUGACGAUGAGUGGGGCCCCCUCUGGCCCUGCCGGCACCGGCAAGACAGAGACCACCAAGGACCUGGGCCGUUCGCUUGGCAUUAUGGUCUAUGUAUUCAACUGCUCUGAGCAGAUGGACUACAAGUCCAUAGGUAAUAUCUACAAGGGCCUGGCCCAGACAGGAGUGUGGGGCUGCUUCGACGAGUUCAACAGGAUCUCCGUGGAGGUUUUAUCUGUGGUUGCCGUGCAGGUCAAAACCAUCCAAGAUGCUGUUCGCAACAAGAAACACAGGUUCCAUUUCCUGGGUGAGGAGAUCCAGUUGAAGCCGACCGUGGGCCUCUUCAUCACUCUCAACCCUGGUUACGCCGGCAGGGCUGAACUGCCUGAGAACCUCAAGGCGCUCUUCAGGCCGUGUGCCAUGGUGAUUCCUGACUUCGGGCUGAUCUGUGAGAUCAUGCUGGUGGCGGAGGGCUUCCUGGAGGCGCGCAUGCUGGCACGCAAGUUCAUCAGCCUGUACACACUUUGCAGAGGACUGCUGUCCCAGCAGGAUCACUAUGACUGGGGUCUGCGGGCAAUAAAGUCAGUCUUGGUUGUUGCUGGGUCACUGAAAAGGGAGGAUCGGAGCAACCCAGAGGAGCAGGUCCUGAUGAGAGCCCUGCGGGACUUCAACCUGCCCAAGCUGGUCACGAGGGACGUGCCGAUCUUUCUGGGCCUGAUCAGUGAACUCUUCCCCCUGCUGGAGGCCGCACGCACGUGCGGGGCACGUCUGGAGCAGCACGUGCGCUGGGCCAUCAGCGAGCUGCAUCUGCAGCCCGAGGAGAACUUCAUGCUCAAGGUGACCCAGUUGGAGGAGCUGUUGGCUGUGAGACACUCCGUCUUCGUGGUUGGCGCGGCUGGAACAGGCAAGACCCAGAUUUUGAAGACGCUGCACAGGGCGUAUGCAGGAAUGAAGCUGAAAGCCAUGUGGAGUGACAUCAACCCCAAAGCUGUGACGACCGAUGAGCUGUUCGGCUUCCUGCACCCUGCCACACGAGAAUGGAAAGAUGGUCUUCUCUCUUCAACCAUGAGAGAGUUGUCUGCUCUGUCCCACGAUGGUCCAAAGUGGAUUGUACUGGAUGGUGACAUCGACCCAAAAUGGAUAGAAUCUCUCAACACAGUGAUGGACGAUAACAAGGUGCUGACCCUGGCUAGUAACGAGCGUAUCUCCCUGACGCCCUCCAUGCGGCUGUUGUUUGAGAUCAGCCACCUCAAGGCCGCCACCCCAGCAACUGUAUCUAGGGCAGGCAUACUCUACGUCAACCCCCAGGACCUGGGAUGGAGCUCGUAUGUAACGAGUUGGAUUGACACUCGCCAGGCCCAAUCAGAACGUGCGAAUCUGUCCAUCCUGUUUGAUAAGUACGUGCCCUACUGUUUAGAGCAAGUCCGGUGCAACCUAAAGACCAUCACACCUAUUCCUGAGAUGAGCAUGGUGCAGACUCUGUGUUGCCUGCUGGACUGUCUGCUGACAGAGGACAACACUCCAGCAGACUCGCCUCGUGAGCUCUAUGAGAUGUACUUCGUGUUCGCCUGUGUCUGGGCUUUCGGUGGCGCUCUCUUCCAAGACCAUCUGAAAGACUAUCGUGCUGCGUUCAGUCGCUGGUGGGCCAAAGAGAUGCGCACAGUGAAGUUCCCCUCCCAUGGCACUGUGUUCGACUACUACAUCCACCCCAACACCAAGAAGUUCACGCCGUGGACGGAACUCACACCCGCCUUUGAGCUGGAGACGGAUGUCCCGUUGCAGAUGGUCCUCGUGCACUCAGCUGAAACAGCCUGCUUGGCGUACCUGGUGGAGGUGCUCGUGCAGAAGGGCAAGGCGGUGAUGUUGGUGGGUGGAGCGGGCGUAGGGAAGAGCAUGCUGAUGUGGGACACCAUCUCCAAACACAGGGACCAGGUCAUGGUGGCCAAGGUGCCCUUCAACUACUACACCACCUCAGCCAUGCUACAGCGUGUUCUGGAAAAGCCGCUGGAGAAGAAGGCAGGACGCAACUUUGCUCCUCCUGGAACCAAGAAGCUCAUCUACUUCAUAGAUGAUCUGAACAUGCCAGAGGUGGACGCCUAUGGGACAGUCCAGCCACACACACUCAUCAGACAACACCUCGACUACUCCCACUGGUAUGACCGGCAGAGGCUGGUCCUGAAGGACAUUCAUAACUGUCAGUAUGUUACCUGCAUGAACCCAACAGCUGGAAGCUUCUCUGUAAACCCUCGGCUGCAGAGGCAUUUCUCUGUGUUUGCCGUGAACUUCCCGCGUUCGGAGGCCCUCAGUACCAUCUACAGCAGUAUCCUGGGCGCUCACUUCCAGCAGGGUGGCUACAGUUACGGAGUGAGCCGUGCGGCUGACCCCCUCGUCCAGGCCGCCAUCUGCCUGCACCAGAAGAUGACGCAGAACUUCCUGCCCACCGCCGUGCGCUUCCACUACCUGUUCAACCUGAGGGACAUCUCCAACGUCUUCCAGGGGAUUCUCUUUGCCUCGCCUGAGAGUGUACGAUACCCCAUAGACCUGGUGCACCUUUGGAUUCAUGAAUCCUCUCGCGUGUACUCUGAUAAACUGAUGGAGGAGAAGGAUGUCGAGCUCUUCACCAAGAUUCUACUGGACACCGGCAAGAGAUACUUGGAGGGAAUAGACGAGUCGAUCUUCAUUCACCACCCCCUGGUCUACUCCCACUUUGCUCACGGCAUGGGGGAGCCGCGCUACGCCCGCGUCAGCGACUGGGAGAAGCUCCAGAAGACCCUGAGUGAGGCGCUGGAGCUCUACAACGAGAUGCAUGCCAGCAUGAACCUGGUGCUGUUUGAGGAGGCCAUGCAGCACGUUUGCAGGAUCAGCCGAGUCCUGGAGGCUCCGGUGGGUAAUGCCCUGCUGGUGGGGGUGGGGGGCAGUGGCAAACAGAGCCUGUGCCGUCUGGCUGCGUUCCUCAGCAUGCUGGAGGUGUUCCAGAUCACACUCCGCAAAGGCUACGAGAUCAACGACCUGCGGAGUGAUAUAGGUGCUCUGUACAUAAAGGUGGGGGUGAAGAACAUUGGAACAGUCUUCCUGCACACGGACGCUCAGAUCCCCGACGAGCGAUUCCUCGUGCUGAUCAACGACAUGCUAGCGUCCGGGGAUAUCCCGGACCUUUUCACUGAAGAGGAGGUGGACAUGAUCGUAUCCUCCAUUCGCCUGGAGCUCCGUGGACUCGGAUUGCUGGACACCCGGGAAAACUGCUGGAACUUCUUCAUCGACCGCAUACGCAGACAGCUGAAGGUGUUGCUUUGUUUCUCGCCGGUGGGCUUCACCCUGCGCACGCGGGCCCGGAAAUUUCCGGCACUGGUGAACUGCACAGUCAUCGACUGGUUCCAUCCCUGGCCACAGCACGCCCUGCAGUCUGUCAGCAGAAACUUCAUCAACACCAUCAGCGGACUGGAGCCUGCCGUGAGGGCGUCGAUCAGCGAGUUCAUCUCGUUCGCGCACACGAGCGUGAACGACGUGAGCGUGAAGUACCAGCAGAACGAGAAGCGCCACAACUACACCACCCCCAAGAGCUUCCUGGAGUUCAUGAAGAUCUACGGCAACCUCCUGAGGACGAAGAGACUUGAGCUCACGCAGAGGACGGAGAGGUUGGAGAAUGGCCUUCAGAAGCUUCUGACCACUGCGGCCCAGGUAGAGGAUCUGAAAGCCAGACUGGCCCUGCAAGAGGUGGAGUUGCACCACAGGACCGUGGACAUGGAGACCCUCAUUGCUAAAAUCGGCCAGCAGACCGACAGACUCAACCUUGAGAAGUGUGUCGCAGAUGCAGAGGAGCAGAAGGUAGCAGCGAUUCAGGCGGAGGUGACGAUGCAGCAGCAGGAGACAGAGGAGGACCUGGCCAAAGUAGAGCCAGCCCUGCAGGCAGCCCACGCAGCCCUGAACACCCUCAACAGGCUGAAUUUGACAGAGCUGCGGACCUUUCCCAACCCCCCUAUGAUCGUGGUCAACGUGCUGGCAGCAGUAUUCGUCCUGCUGGCCCCAGAUGGGCACAUUCCUAAAGACCGCAGCUGGAAAGCUGCCAAGGGUGUCAUGAGCAAAGUUGAUGACUUCUUGCAGGCUCUCGUUAACUUCGAUAAAGAGCGCAUCCCGGAUGCCACAGUGAGAGUACUGCGGGAGGAAUACCUGAGUGAUCCGGACUUUAAUCCGGAGUUUGUGCGUCAGAAGUCCUCGGCGGCCGCUGGACUGUGUGCCUGGGUUAUCAACAUAAUGCGCUUUCAUGAGAUGUACUGUGAGGUUGAGGUGAAGAGGUUGUGUCUGGCUCAGGCCAACACUGAUCUGGCUGAAGCAGCAGAGAAACUCGACAUCAUUGGGAAAAAAAUUCAGGAGCUGAACAGUAGCCUGGACACACUGCGAGCAGCGUAUGAAAAGGCCACUUGUGAGAAAUUGCAAUGCCAAGACAAGGUGAACCGCACCAAUACUACCAUCCUGCUGGCCCAUCGUCUGGUCAAAGGCCUGGAGUCGGAGAACGUGCGCUGGACUCACUCGGUAGCUCAGUUCCGGGAGCAGGAGUCCACUCUCUGCGGUGAUGUUCUCCUCACAUCUGCCUUCAUCUCCUACGCUGCCUCCUUCUCCAGGAGAUACAGACAUGAGCUCCUCUACAACCUCUGGCUGCCUUUCCUACACACGCAGAAGGUCCCUAUUCCGAUGACCAACGGGCUCGAUCCCGUCUCCAUGUUAACAGACGAUGCUAUGAUCGCUACAUGGAAUAAUGAGGGUUUGCCAGGCGAUGAGAUGUCCACCCAAAAUGCCACCAUAUUCCUCAACUGUGAGCGAUGGCCCCUUCUCAUUGACCCUCAGCUACAGGGCAUCAAAUGGCUCAAGAGUCGCUACAGCAACAGCCUGCGAGUAGUCAACCUUGGGCAGAAGGGAUAUGUCGAUGUGAUUGAGCAGGCAGUAGUAACUGGAGAACUCGUAUUGAUUGAGAACCUGGAAGAGACUAUUGAUCCAGUAAUCAAUCCACUGCUGGGUCGCCACACCAUUAAAAAGGGCAGGUGUGUGAAGGUCGGGGAUAAGGAGUGUGUGUUGCAUCCGGCCUUCCGGCUCAUCCUGCACACUAAGCUGGCCAACCCGCACUACAAGCCGGAGAUCCAGGCUCAGACUACCCUCAUCAACUUCACUGUCACCAGGGAUGGCCUGGAGGACCAGCUGCUGGCAGAGGUGGUCAACCUGGAGAGGCCUGACCUCGAGUUUCUCAAGUCAGAAUUAACUAAGCAGCAGAACAUGUUUAAGAUCGAGCUGAAGCACCUGGAAGACAACCUGCUGACGCGUCUCUCCGCCGCUGAGAGCAACUUCCUGGGGGACAACCUGCUUGUGGAGAACCUGGAGACCACCAAGCACACGGCCGCCGAGAUCGAGAUGAAGGUGUUGGAGGCGAAGGUCAAUGAGGUGAAGAUAAACGAGGCACGUGAGCACUAUCGGCCUGUAGCAGUGAGGGCGUCACUCCUAUACUUCAUCAUCAAUGACCUCAACAAGAUCAACCCCAUGUAUCAGUUCUCCUUGAAGGCGUUUAACGUGGUUUUCCGUAAAGCGGUGCAGAGUGCAGAGGUGUGUGUAGAUGUCAAGAGCCGAGUGAACACACUCAUCGACUCCAUCACCUUCUCCACCUUCAACUUUAUUAACAGAGGCCUCUUUGAGAGAGACAAACUUACUUUCACAGCUCAGCUUGCAUUUCAGCUGUUACUGAUGAAUAAGGAGAUUGAAGUGAGAGAGUUGGAUUUCCUCUUGCGCUUCAACAUUGACCACAGUUACGUCAGCCCUGUUGACUUUCUCCCCAAUUCUGCAUGGAGUGCCAUUAAGACGAUGAGCUUCCUGGACGAGUUCCGGGGUCUGGAGCGUGACAUCGAGGGAUCACCCAAGCGCUGGAGGAAGCUGGUGGAGUCUGAGUGUCCUGAGAUAGAGAAGCUCCCCCUGGACUGGCACAGUAAAAGCUCCCUGCAGAAACUCAUCCUCCUGCGCGCGCUCCGACCGGACCGCAUGACCUACGCCGUCCGGAAGUUUGUGGAGGAGAAGCUUGGAGUGCAGUAUACAGAGGGAAGGAAGGUGGAGUUUGCGAGGUCGUUUAAAGAGAGUGGCCCUGCCUCCCCGGUCUUUUUCAUUCUCUCACCAGGUGUUGACCCACUCAAAGACGUGGAGUCACUUGGUAAAAAGUUGGGCUUCACUAUAGACUUGGGGAAACUCCAUAACGUCUCCCUGGGCCAAGGACAGGAGUUUGUGGCAGAGCUGGCCAUGCAGAAGGGUGCCAGAGAGGGUCACUGGGUCAUUCUACAGAACAUCCACCUGGUUGCCAAGUGGCUGGGUACCCUGGAGAAGCUUCUGGAACGUUGCUGUGAGAACAGUCACCAUGACUACCGAGUGUUUAUGAGUGCGGAGCCUGCACCCACCCCUCAGGAGCACAUCAUUCCACAGGGCAUUCUGGAAAAUUCCAUCAAGAUCACCAACGAGCCCCCAACUGGCAUGCUAGCAAACCUCCACGCAGCGCUGGACAACUUUGACCAAGACAUUCUGGAUCAGUGCUCCCGAGAGCAGGAGUUUAAGACCAUCCUGUUUUCGCUGUGUUAUUUCCACGCAUGUGUGGCUGAGCGGAGGAAGUUUGGACCACAAGGUUGGAACCGAAAGUACCCCUUCAACACAGGCGACCUCACCAUCUCUGUCAGCGUGCUCUACAACUACCUGGAGGCCAACUCACAGGUGCCGUGGGAGGAUCUGCGGUAUCUGUUUGGUGAGAUCAUGUAUGGAGGACACAUCACAGAUGACUGGGACAGAAGACUGUGCACCACAUACCUGGAGGAGUAUAUGCAGCCCAACCAGUUUGACAGGAAGUUGUCUUUGGCUCCUGGCUUCGUGGUCCCCACCAACUUGGACUACCAGGGUUACCACGCCUACAUCGACCAGGUGCUUCCCCACGAGAGCCCCGUGCAUUACGGCCUGCACCCCAACGCUGAGAUCGAGUUCCUGACGGUGACCUCCGACAACCUGUUCCACACGCUACUGGAGCUGCAGACCACAGACUCGUCCAUGGGCGAGGGAGCGCCCCAGAGCACCGAGGAGAAGGUGAAGACCGUCUUGGAUGACAUCCUGGAGAAGCUUCCGGAGGAGUACAACAUGUCGGACAUCACGUCCAAAACGGUGGAGCGCACCCCGUACGUGCUGGUGUGCUUCCAGGAGUGUGAGCGCAUGAACCUGCUCCUCAAUGAAAUGAGGCGCUCGCUUAAAGAGCUGGAUCUAGGAUUGAAGGGAGAGCUCGCUAUAUCUGCAGAGAUGGAACGGAUCCAGACAGCUCUGUUCUUUGAUAAUGUCCCUGACACCUGGACUAGGCUGGCAUACCCCUCCACAUACAGCCUGGCUAUGUGGUACAGUGACGUGUUGCUGCGUUGCAGAGAGCUGGACAGCUGGACACAGGACCUCUCUCUGCCUGGUGUGAUCUGGCUGGCUGGACUCUUCAACCCACAGUCUUUUCUUACCGCUGUGAUGCAAAGCCUGGCACGAAAGAACGAGUGGCCCCUGGAUAAGAUGACUCUCACGGUGGACGUGAUGAAGAAAUUCAAGGAGGAGUUGAACCAGCCAGCCAGAGAGGGAGCUUACGUCCAUGGUCUCUACAUGGAAGGUGCACGCUGGGAUAUCCAGAACGGCACAAUCACGGAGGCGCGUCUGAAGGAGCUGACUCCCAGAAUGCCGGUCAUUGCGGUGCGGGCGGUGCCCGGUGACCGGCAGGUGACGCGCAAUGUUUACGAGUGUCCCGUGUACAAGACCAAGUUGCGGGCCAACACGCACGUCUGGACGUUCAACCUCAAAACCAGGGAGAGGCCAGCCAAGUGGGUGCUUGCUGGAGUUGCCCUGCUGCUGAGUGUGUGAGGGGUGUGUGUGUGUGUGUGUUCGUGUGUGUGUGUGUGU